CUUCGUUUUCACAAACAUAAUUUCAAAAAAUCUGACUGUUUGUUGAGUUUCGAGCUUCUGCAACAAUGGCGGACGAGGUGAUUUUGUUGGAUUUUUUGCCCAGCAUGUUUGGCAUGAGGGUGAGAAUCGCCAUGGCAGAGAAAGGGAUCAAGUAUGAGUACAAAGAGGAGGAUUUGAGGAACAAGAGCCCUUUGCUUUUGCAGAUGAAUCCGAUUCAUAAAAAGAUCCCGGUUCUUGUUCACAAUGGGAAACCCGUCUGUGAAUCUACCAUAAUUGUUCAGUACAUUGAUGAGGUUUGGAAGGAUAAAGCUCCUUUGCUCCCUUCUGAUCCUUAUGAGCGGGCUCAAGCUAGAUUCUGGGUAGAUUUCAUUGACAAGAAGUUAUAUGAUUCUGGGAGGAAGACAUGGAGCACAACAGGUGAAGCGCAGGAGCAGGCAAAGAAGGAAUUCAUUGAAGUAAUCAAGACCUUGGAAGGGCAGCUUGGAGACAAGCCAUACUUCGGAGGUGAGACCUUCGGGUUUGUCGACUUAUGUCUUAUCCCUUUCUACUGCUGGUUCCACGCUUACGAGACGUAUGGCAAGUUCAGUGUAGCAGCAGAGUGCCCCAAUUUCACUGCGUGGGCUAAGAGAUGUAUGGCGAAGGAAAGUGUUGCAAAGUCGCUCCCUGAUGAGAAGAAAAUUCUGGGAUUUGUUGCGGAGUUAAGGAAGAGGUUUGGGAUUGAAUAGAGAGAAUUUAGAAUUAAGGCAAUAAGCACAAUCGCACUUGUUGCUGUGAAAGCCUUGUGUUGUGUUUGUUUUGUGUGUAGGUUUGGCUUCUGAAUAAUUUGGGGAAAGAGGACACUCGCACUGUGUCCUUCUGGUUUGAUAUUA